AGCGAGGCGCGUUGCCGCAAAUGGCAUCGACAUCGAUCCCAAUUGCAAGCCAAUCGAUCGCGGGUUGACGCCGACAAGGUUGAGGAUCUUGCCAUCACCCGCACGACACCUGUGCCGUCAAAAUGAGAUUCGCCCCAUGAAUUUUCAUUCUGUAUUGGGAAUUUGCGGUCCUAUGGCUUGCCUUCCAGUUUCGGCUUUGUUUUGUGGGCUGUGUCGAUGCAAUCCAUGGCGAUGUGCAUUUUGAUGCCGGCGAUGGGCUUCGAUUAUAGAUGACGACGUGAAAUUUGGGUGCGGUUGGAAUUUUUCGUUGCGGUGCAUCGCAGGUUAGAGUCGACUGUCGGUGGGAGUGGUUGUCGAUGGCGGUUCUGCGCUGGUUGUGUUGCUUGACGUUUUUUGGGGUCGGUUUUGCUGGUGAUUAAGCCAGCAGGGACGGUGUUACGUGACGGGCUUGGUCAAUUUUGCGUCUGGUGUGUAGGGAGAUGGUUUCACACGCGCAUCUUUAGGGUCGCAUCCUCGGUGAAUUGCGAGAUGAUUUUUUAAGUAGAUCAAUUGGUAUUUGUUUUCUGAUGCUUCGUAAUCAAACGACCGAUUGAUUCGUGAUCAUGAAGGAUGAAUUGCAUUUUGUGUAGUUGCUGCGGUUCUGCUGUGGGGAAUCCCGUCGGUGCAUGCCACUGCCCUUAUGGUUAUGUGAUUGUUCUGAAUUGUUUCAACGGUUCACGCCCGUUAACAUGUAGUGCGACCUCUGCAGUUAAGAAAUUGCCCCAAUUUAGCUAUUUCCCUAGGCGAUGGAGGAAGUGGAGUGCAUAGAAGAUUUCUUUCUGGUGUCUGGGGACCAGUAUCAUUCGCUGAUGUUGAUGCCCUUCGCCGUGAAUGACAUUCCGUGGGUGCGUCCGGAAGUGGAGAAAGUGCAUGCGCAAGGCAAACGCAACGGGAUUGACUUUUGUGUUGAAAUUGACUUGUGGAGACUAAAGCUUUCGCUGAAGGGAAAACCCAAGUUCUUUGUCCAUCAAGUGACGGGUGCAUGGAUGGAGCUUCGCAAACCCCAUGACUUUUACUUGGAGACCAUGAAAGUCGUUUUGGUGGCAGCUUAUUUCUUGACCUUCGCUAAGCAGAACCCAAAUUCAUCCAAAGGAGACGUAUGGAGAUUCGUGCGCAAGCAAUGUAGUGGAUUCAAAGCGAAACCAAGUCCGAAUGAUUUGCAACAAGCGUAUCUUCUGCUAAAGUCAGUCGUGAAAAGUGAUUUAAUAUUACAAGAAUCUCCCAUUAUACCGUUAUUUUUUCCAAACCUUUGUAAGGUGCGAGAACCUGAAGUCGUUGAGGUGUGUGAAAGGCUUCAUGAGGAUGUACAAUGUCCACCUGUUUCAAGGGCUUUAACAUAUGAGGAUCCUAGCAGUGGCGAGAAAACCCACACUCUGGAAGCUUCCAGUUUACAAGGUGACGCGUUUAUAAGGAAACCAAUCUGGAAAUUCACCAAGAGGAAGUGCAAUGUUGCCGAGAUUGAAAUGGAACCAGAUCUUUUUCCUCCAAAUAUUUUGACCCCAGAACCAAAAAAGAAACCAGGACGAUCGCUUUUACUUCGAAGUGUACGCAAAAAAAGAAAAGAAACCGAUGAAGUCGGAGAUGACAAUUGGAUUGAUGAGCCUGAUGUUUGUGCGUUUUGUGAUGAUGGUGUGGAGAACGGUGAAAAGCUCUUAUGUUGUGAAGGUCUGUGCAUGCGAUCCUUUCAUCCGACAAUAAACUCUGGGUUGCAAAAUAAAUGCCGCACCCUUGGUCUCUCUCCAGCAGCUGUCAAUGUUAAAAGUUGGAUUUGUCCAAAUUGUGAAGCUGGGCAGCAUCAGUGUUUUGCUUGCGGGAAGCUUGGAAGUUCAAGUAGUGGCUCAUCAAGCAAUUCAAUGGGUCUUCUGGAGGUCGUUGUAUGCGGAGCCAAGUAUUGUCAACGUUUCUACCAUCCUGAUUGUGUAGUCAAGCUCCUUGUCCCGGAAGCGGAACAGAAGGACUUGGCUAUGCGUAUCCGGCUAAGUUUGGAGACACUCAUUUGUCCACUUCACAAGUGUGUAAGCUGCAACUUGGACGAAGACAAGAAGGAACCCAGUCUACGCCUUAUGAAGUGCAGGCGGUGCCCCUUGGCAUGGCACGAGAAGUGCUUGCCCGAAGAAUGCCGGAGUCAAGUGUGGCCACUAGAAGAUGGCAAGUGUGUUAUGUAUUGCGGUCGACACAGAAUUGACCCGGAGUUGCUUACCCCGGAGCGCGACCACAUUCUAUUCCCACCGCCCAAACCUGGUAGGACAACGAGCAGACCGAGGGUUACACAGCCAGUGUACAUCUUGCCGGCUACAGAUUAACUUGUUUCUCAAGAGAGAUCACAUAAUUUUUGUAAUUUCGUUGCUUACGACGAGAGAGAGAGAGUUUGGAACUUUAGUCUUCGUGCUUCAGACAGAGGAGUAAUGGUUCCUCUAUUUCUAUCAGAAAACCCUGGCGCAGGAUCUCCAUACAACCUAAGGGCGUCGUAAAGAUGAGCUGAAGCCUGCUGGAGACGAUGCCGCAGGGGCUGCUGAUGUACUGAUCUUCCGACUUUCGAUGCUGAAGAUGUGCGCUUGGUCGACGACCGUCUUGUAGUUCUGGGUAGCAAUUGUUCCCAGUUUGUGUAUAGAAUCUGCGUAGAGCUGCGUAGAACUGCUCGUCAGCCGACGAUUUUGAAAGGGAGGGGCACUGGUACUAAUUGGAAGUUAGGCAGCAAGUCAAGCGUGCAAUCAGGUGAAAAGGGAUGAGUUCUCUCUGUUAGUUGAAAAGAUUUUAUUCUUACUCAUUAAGAUUGUGAACGCUUUGUUGCUUCGAUA